AUGAAGCGUCGAGUUGCAGGAUUAAGCCCCGUUAGUGCGAUAGCAUUCGACCAAAAAGUAAUCGAAAGAAGGGCAGAGGCUGCCCCUACGAGGUCAGCGGCGACCCACACACAGCGUAAGAACUUGACCCAGAAUGCUUUGGUGUCAUCGUUUCCGAAUCGUCCGAGCUCACCUCAGUGCGCCGAACAACCAGUACCUCUUGAGUCGCAGGCCUCACAAGAACAUUUACGCCCAAGCGUUGACGACCCGACCGGUACCAACAGCCCUCAAUACUCACCCCAGCAGUGCAUCUUCUGUUCCAAACUUUUCCCCUCCACGGAAAUCAAUCUCACACACAUGUCAGCCGUCCACUCCUUUUUUGUCCCCGACGUUGAAUAUCUUGUGGACUUAAACGGUCUUAUUCAAUACCUUGGCGACAAAGUUCUGAUGGGCCUUUUGUGCAUCUACUGCAAUGGCAGGGGGAGGGGCUUCUAUACGCCGGAGGCCGUACGCAAACACAUGCUUGCUAAAGGGCAUUGCAAAAUUGCGUAUGAUUCGGAAGAUGAUCGUCUGGAAAUCUCGGACUUUUACGAUUUUACCACGUCAUACCCUGACGCAGUCCCAUUCCGCCAUGCCAAUAGCGACUUUCGAGCAGCGGAAUCCUCGACUCCCGAUGAUGAAUGGGAAGACCUAGACGAGGAGGAUGGUGAAGCCGAGAUCAAGGUCUCGGACGAGGAUGAUGAUGUAGACCAGGGUGCGGAUACAAUCCCUGAAAACCAGCUCACGUAUGGAGAUUCUCCGUACGAGCUCGUACUGCCUUCAGGCGCUCGCAUCGGUCAUCGGGAACUACGUCACUAUUAUGCUCAAUCCUUCCCCAAGGUACCUCGAGAGGUCAAGGCCGGGGAUCCUAACUCCGGUGCUGCGCUCGUGCGACGUCUUUUAAGUGACAGAAGCUCCGCUCUUGUGCCACGGCAGGGUGGGUUUGGUGCAUUUGGUAAAGGGACUGAAGUCGUCAAGGCACGCAAUCGAGGCGAAGCGAAAGAGGCAGGCCGACAUGUACGCGAGUUCAGAGAUCAGCGCCGCAGGAGCGACUUCAAAACGAAAGUCGGGUUUAGACAUAAUAAUCAAAAACACUUCCGAGAUCCGUUGCUCCAGGCGACGUAUCACAACACAUCGACCCUUGACAGCGUCGUAGAAUAA